AUGAGAGGUGUCCUCCUCGCACCCGGUCAUACGGCCGUCGACCCCGCUGUUCCACCGUCCGCUAUCCCAGCCUUGAUUAAUGGCCCCUGCCUGGGACAUUCCAAUGUUUCUCCUUUGUCUGUGUUUUCUAUCUCUGGCUUCUCGGUAUUGUUUGUGGAGGAUAAAUUGGAUGGGGAUCAUUUUGUUGCUUCUUGUAAAAUUAUAAAUAAUAAAAUAUCCAUUCAAACUCACGCAUUUAUUGAUACCGGUUGCUCCGGAUUCACAUUCAUUGAUGAAACAUUCGCGCGCCAUAACAUCUUCCCAUUUCUUCCCCUUAAAUCGCCCCGCACUCUUGAAGUCAUCGACGGACGGCCAAUAUCUUCCGGACAAAUUACCCACCUCUGCUAUCUGCCGCUAUCCAUUGACUCCCACCAUGAAACUACCCCUUUCUUCGUCACCAAACUCGGCUCGUACCCACUCGUCCUCGGAAUCCCCUGGCUUCAAUUGCACGACGCAACAUUACGGUUUAAGGACAAUAGCAUACUGUUCGACUCCGAAUACUGCAAACGCAAGUGCAACUCUUCCCCGAUACCCGUUCCCAUUAGAGGGGUUGCACCACCCCCCGUUUUCACCUCUACAACUAUUGAGGAAAUAGAUCAAGCAACGGGCGAGGCCCCUAAGCAAGACUGGAGGAACCGGGUCCCAACCCGGUACAAGAGAUUUCAUAAAAUGAUGGACGAAGAAUUCGCUAACGGGAUGCCGCCUCGCCGUCCCUAUGAUCAUAAGAUACCGCUUAAGGAAGGGAAAGAGCCCCCUUUUGGGCCACUUUAUGGUAUGUCCCGCGAGGAACUCAUCGUGCUGAAACAAUACAUACAGGACAACCUUCAAAAGGGGUUCAUUCAGGCCAGCUCUUCGCCUGCCGGUGCCCCUGUCCUAUUUGUUAAAAAGGCCGAUGGAACACUCCGCCUUUGUGUCGACUAUCGUGGCCUCAACGAACUUACUGUCAAAAACCGCUACCCGCUGCCACUCAUCCGGGAAACUCUCGACCGCCUUUCCAAAGCCAAGUGGUACACCAAACUUGACCUUCGCCAAGGGUACAAUCAGAUUCGAAUGGCUGAGGGUGAAGAAUGGAAAACAGCCUUCCGAACGCGUUACGGACAUUUCGAGUACACCGUAAUGCCCUUCGGCCUCACCAAUGCACCAGCCACCUUUCAACAUUUUAUUAAUGAUUGCGUCCGUGAAUACCUUGAUAUGUUCUGUACAGCCUACCUUGACGAUAUCCUUAUUUACAGCGACACCUUCAAGGAACACCAAGUACAUGUCGAAAAAGUACUGGAAGCCCUACAAAGAAAUGGAAUACUGCUGAAACCGGAGAAAUGUGAAUUCCACACACAAAGCACCACCUAUCUCGGCCUGAUUAUCGAACCCAAUGGUAUUAAAAUGGACCCAAGGAAAGUGGAGACGGUGAAGAAUUGGACCGUCCCCAAAACAGUUAAGGAUGUACAAGCAUUCCUAGGUUUUGCUAACUUCUACCGCCGAUUCAUACGCGGAUUCUCGGAGCUGGCUUCCCCUCUUACCAGACUGACACGUAAGGACACAUCAUUUGGAUGGACACCCGAAGCCCAAACCGCCUUCAAUGCCCUGAAAGAAGCCUUCACCACGGCUCCCAUUCUCACUCAUUUCGACCCGGAAAAGGAAAUUACUGUGGAAACCGACGCAUCUGACUAUGUCUCCGCCGGUGUACUCUCCCAAUACGAUGACAAUGGUAUCCUCCGACCUGUUGCAUACUUCUCGAAAAAACACUCCCCCGCCGAAUGCAACUACGAGAUUUACGACAAGGAAUUACUGGCAAUCAUUCGGUCUUUUGAGGAGUGGCGACCGGAACUUGAAGGGGCUGCACACCCAAUCGCCGUCAUAUCCGAUCAUAAGAAUCUCAAAUACUUUAUGAGUACCAAACAACUCAACCGGAGACAAGCACGGUGGGCAGAAUACCUGUCACGAUUUAAUUUUGUUAUCAAAUACCGACCAGGGAAACAAGGAGGGAAACCGGACGCGUUGACAAGAAGAUCAGGAGAUCUCCCUGGAGAGGGGGAUGAAAGACAAUCGCAUCAGAGUCAAAUGGUAUUGAAGAAAGAGAAUCUUGACGCAAAGCUAAAUACUGGAUAUGCGGAACUAAGCAUAUAUAUACCCGACUACGACCCUCUCAAGCUCCGAAUCCUCCAACUUUACCAUGACGCUGCCUCCGCUGGACACCCUGGACAUGGAAAAACAUUCGAACUCAUCAGUCGAGACUACUACUGGCCCCUUAUCCGGAAUUAUAUUACCCGCUACGUUCGGAACUGCCAUACCUGUCAACGAAGCAAACCCAACACCCAUGGAAAACUCGGCGUACUUCGACCUUUACCGAUUCCCGAACAACCAUCGCAGGAGGUAUCGAUGGACUUCGUUACUGGCCUACCGGAAAGUGAAGGGUACGAUGCAAUUAUGGUAGUGGUUGACCGGCUAACAAAGAUGCGACAUCUCCUGCCCUGCAAUACUACUGUCAACUCCGAAGAUGUCGCCCGACUAUACCUGCGAAACAUAUGGAAGCUCCACGGGCUACCCACACAUAUCACCUCCGACCGCGGUACGCAAUUUACAGCUAAGUUUUGGAAGGCUCUUUGUAAACACCUCAAUAUCGAGGCAAGGAUGUCCACCGCCUUCCACCCGGAGACCGACGGCCAAACCGAAAGGCUGAAUGCUGUGAUGGAGCAAUAUCUACGUGGGUAUGUCUCUUAUCAACAAAACGAUUGGGUCUCCGCAUCCACUAAAGCUACACCAUUCUUCGCGAACUAUGGGUUCCACCCCCGGUUUACAGUGACGAUCAAACCGCUUGACAAGACCCCGCCGAGUCUCAAUGCUAAAGACUUCGCCUCGAAGAUGAAGGAACUCCAUGAGCACCUACGUUCCAAUAUCCGCACAGCGCAGGAUCAACAGGAGCAGGCCGUCAAUGCUAAACGAACGCCGGCCCCACGGUACGAUGUUGGUGAUAUGGUGUUUGUUUCAGCAAAAAACAUCCGAACCACGCGUAACUCCCGGAAGCUGGACUGGAAGAAACUGGGACCGUUCCCCGUUAAGGAGAUUAUAUCGCCAUACGCGUAUCGAGUCGACCUGCCUAGAAGUAUGAAGGUGCACCCCGUCUUCCAUGUAUCAUUGUUAGACCCCGCUGCGAAUGAUCCCGUCCCAGGGCAAAUUCAACCACCACCCCCGCCCAUUAUCGUCGAACAAGAGGAGGAGUAUGCAGUUGAGGAAAUCUUGGACUCGCGAGAAUUAUGGAACACUGGCCUGCAAUACUUUGUUAAGUGGACGGGCUAUACCGACCCUACCUGGGAACCCGCCGCAUACCACGAUAAUACCGCCGCCGUUGAUAUCUUCCACACGUGUUACCCCGACAAACCUGGACUGUUGGAAGGAAAGAUUAAGGUUAAGGCUCGCAGGAGCUCGCGCUUGAAGGGAGGGGCUACUUUCAUGGAUCGACUAGUGGAGGUACGGGGUUAUGAAGAGUCGGAUUAG